UGUGGCUCUUCCUCUCUUUUUGUUUAAACCAGCAUCAUCUGAGGUAAUUGUCAAUAGAGGAUCAUAUAAACAAGAAGGCAUACCAAUAUCAGUAAUGGAAUCAGGUGGGGAAGACAUGAUCUUUCUUAACCAAGGCCAACAUCGAUUUUAAUACCCGCGACCUUUUUUUUUUUAAUUUGUUUGCCCUGAAGAGAGACUCCUCUUUUUCUGUUUCAAAAUGAAGUGGUUAAAGAGUAGGUUGAUACCGUUUAUCUUUACUGCUAUUGGCAUCUCGCUUGUUUUGUUGUCUUUUCAAACAUUCUUUACCAUCUCAAAACCAUCGGCUCGAGUGACUCGAGAUGCACCUGUCAAAGCGUGUAUCGUAGUGCUUGUACGUAAUAGUGAGCUCAACGGUAUCUUGUCUACCAUGCAUCAACUCGAAAAGACCUACAAUAGUAAAUUCAACUACCCUUAUGUCUUUUUGAACGACGAUGACUUUACAGAUGAAUUCAAACAACAAACUUCGGCUAUCACUAACGCAGAAACAAAAUAUGGCAAAUUAGACCAUCAAAUGUGGGGAUAUCCUUCAUUUAUCAACCAAACGUAUGCUGCUGAAACAAGAGCAGAGAUGGCGCGUAUGAAUAUUCCUUAUGCUGAAAGUGAAUCAUAUCGUCAUAUGUGCAGAUUCCAAAGUGGCUUCUUUUUUAGACACCCUUUGUUGGAUGAAUAUGAUUAUUAUUGGCGUAUUGAACCUGAUGUAGACUAUACUUGUGAUAUUGACUAUGAUGUCUUUAAGUUUAUGCGGGACAACGAUAAGAAAUAUGGAUUUACAAUUGCUUUUAGAGAGUACAUUCAAACAGUUCCUUCUCUUUGGCAAACUGUCAUGAAUUUCAAAAAAGAUUAUCCUGAUGUAGCAGCACGCUGGCCAUCCAACAAAGAAUCUUUGUUUGAUUUUGUCACCAGUGAUGGUGGACAAUCGUACAACGGCUGUCAUUUCUGGACCAAUUUUGAGAUUGCUUCUCUUGAACUAUGGCGUAGUAAUGAUUAUCUCAAACUGUUUAGUUAUCUUGACCAGGCAGGUGGGUUCUUUUAUGAACGAUGGGGAGAUGCACCUGUGCAUAGUAUUGCUGCUGCUUUGAUGUUGAAAAAGGAUGAAUUUCAUUUCUUUAAUGAUGUGGGCUAUCGACACACAGCUUAUACGCACUGUCCUUCUCAACCUGAAUAUCGCUCGAAAUGCUCAUGCGAUCCCAAAAUUAGUUUAGACCUGACAGACCCUAUGUCUUGUUUACCUGAAUAUAAUGCAGCUAUGAAAUAAAGAACUUAGCAAGUGGCGCAACAAUGGUC